AAAAAAACUCUAAAACAACUCCACCGUUGCACAGUCCAUAUUUUGAAAGAUCUCACACGGUACGUGGGGAAUUGUCUAAAGUUUUCCCGCGCUCUAUUGCUUCAGCUUGUUUCCUCUGAACCUUUCCAGCAAUGCCUCCCAAAUCGGAUAGCGCUGAAGGAAUUGUGCUUAACUUCGUUAACGAGCAAAAUAAACCUUUGAACGUUCAAAAUGUGGCUGACUGUCUCCAAAAGUUUAACCUCAAGAAAGCUGCAGUACAAAAGGCACUAGACAGCCUUGCUGAAAGCGGAAAGAUAACAUUCAAGGAGUAUGGGAAGCAAAAGAUAUAUCUUGCUCGGCAAGAUCAAUUUGACAUUCCAGACAAUGAUGAGCUUAUUCGAAUGAAAGAAGAAAAUGCCAAGCUGCAGGAGAUGGUCGAUGAACAAAGGAGAGCUAUCAGCGAGGUCGAAGGAGAAAUUAAAACUUUGCAAUCAAAUUUGACACUGGAAGAAAUACGUGAUAGGGAAGCCACAAUAAGAAACGAGACUGAAGAGAUGGAAAGAAAAUUGAUUAAUUUGCGGGGAGGAGUCACCCUAGUAAGUCCAGAAGAGAGGAAAGCAGUGGAGGAAUUGUGUGCUGAAACAAUAAAUCAGUGGAGAAAGCGUAAGAGAAUGUUCAAAGAUCUGUGGGAUACUAUUACCGAGAAUUCGCCAAAGGACCUCAAAGAAUUUAAGGAGGAACUCGGGAUUGAGUAUGAUGAAGACGUUGGUGUUAGUUUGCAGUCGUAUAUGGAUCUGGUGCAACAAGGCAAUAAACGUUCUAGGGCUCACUAAGGUUUCUUUUGCGCGUUGGUUAUUGAAGCUUCUCUAUUCUGUACAUGAAGUUUUGCAAUUGAGACUUAGUUAACCUAAAGUCACAUAUUUUUAAUUUUCUCCAGCUAGGUGAAACAAGCAGUAAGUUUAUCAGUAGGUUGGAGUUUUACAAGUUAUGUAGGCACAUUGUUGUCUGAUGCUUCCAUAAUUUGAUCUACUUUAUAUUUAAUGGACAAUGUGAGAGGUUGUGUAUUGGUUUUCUAAUACAGGGAGGAGUUUUGUGACUUGUGAGGUGGUC